CACACCAUGCCAAACUACAAACUCACUUAUUUUAAUAUGAGAGGGAGAGCAGAAAUUAUUCGUUACAUAUUUGCUUAUUUGGACAUUGCGUAUGAAGACCACCGAAUAGAACGAGCUGAUUGGCCUAAAAUCAAAUCAACUCUUCCAUUUCACAAAAUCCCCAUUUUGGAGGUCGAUGGACUUAUCCUUCACCAGAGCCUAGCAAUAGCGAGAUACCUGACGAAGAACACAGCUUGCUACUAUGAUUUUCUACAAGGUUUACCAUACCAGAUCAUCCACUAUUUCCAGUGUUUUCUGGGCGCUGUCUGGCUUGGAGACCUCCACUCGCCUUUGUGGUGGCUUCAAGCUUUUCUUCAUAGCUGUCUCAUCAGACUUCCCUUCACCGUCAAUCCAGAGACGCUGGCCUACGGAGUCAAAGAUCAGAUAUUUAAGGAGCUGCUCACAUCUGAUGCACCUCAUCUUCUGCAAGAUUUGGACACAUAUUUAGGAGAAAAAGAGUGGUUUAUUGGUAAUUCUGUAACGUGGGCAGAUUUCUACUGGGAUACUUGUAGUACCACGCUUCUGGUCUUUAAACCUGACUUGCUGGACAUGUACCCCAGGCUGGUGACUUUAAAGAAAAGAGUUCAAGGCAUUCCUGCCAUCGCUGACUGGAUACAACGAAGACCCCAAACCAAACUCUAG